GGUUAUAGAAUUGAUCAGCGACAGUAUGGCAGACCUCUACUCCCGGAUCUCUUUUCUACUCGUCAUAUAUUUGGAUGUCUGCAAAUUCCAAAGUUUGAAUCUGGCUCUGAAGAAACCAGCAUGGAUGAGCAGCGUGAAGGGUUUACACGAAAUCGCUGCUAAUGCUGUGGACGGCAGCCAUGGAACCGAUAUACGCGACAGUGUCUGCAGUCACACUAAACCUGGUGACAUGUCGCCCUGGUUUGUUGUGGAUCUCCUGGCGCAGUACAGUGUCCACAACGUCACCAUCUACAACAGGGGAGACUGCUGUGGGGAAAGACUCCAUGACUUUGUAAUCCAGGUGUAUGUACAAAAUCCAUCGCGAUGUCCACCAGCAGCUUUCUUCAUCUGUAAGAACUACACUGGCACGUUUGGUUCCGUGGGGAACAUAGCAUGUGAUGCUCCGGUGUUUGGAAGGUUCAUCAGACUGUGGAAACCGAAAAUCAGAAACGGACCGGAUGUUCUCAACUUCUGUGAACUUGAAGUGUAUGGAGUCCAGUCAGCCUGUCAGCAGUUCAACUAUUUCCGAAGAUCAGGCAUACGACUUGUCUCCCCUGUCAUUGUAUCUUCACCUGACAUGUCCCCAUUGUCCUGUGUCCUUCAGUGUAUGUUGUCUGGAGCCUGUGUCGGUGUCAACUACAACAGAGGAACUCGAGAGUGUGAACUCCUCCCCCGACCUCAACCCACUGACACAGUCUCCUCUGAUCUAGGCUGGGUCUACUAUGGAAACGAUCUAUGUUGAACUGACACAGUAUCCUCUGAUCUAGGCUGGGUCUACUAUGGAGACGAUCUAUGUUGAACUGACACAGUCUCCUCUGAACUAGGCUGGGUCUACUAUGGAAACGAUCUAUGUUGAACUGACAGUCUCCUCUGAUCUAGGCUGGGCCUACUAUGGAAACGAUCUAUGUUGAACUGACACAGUCUCCUCUGAUCUAGGCUGGGUCUACUAUGGAAACGAUCUAUGUUGAACUGACACAGUCUUCUCUGAUCUAGGCUGGGUCUGCUAUGGGGAUGAUCUAUGUUGAACUGACAGUCUCCUCUGAUCUAGGCUGGGCCUACUAUGGAAACGAUCUAUGUUGAACUGACACAGUCUCCUCUGAUCUAGGCUGGGUCUACUAUGGAGACGAUCAGGACGGGGUACCAUGGUGAUGAUCUGUGAUACCUUGUGACAGUCUCCUCUAGUGUCUAGAUAGUGUCUACUAUGGAUAUGAUCUGUGUUAAUCUCGAAUCUGGACAAGGCAAACCAGUGAUUGAAAGCAAGAGCAAUGAACAAUGACCCCAAUUUAGCCAGGUCACAAAGCCUGACAACACUCCGAUGUUACAGUAAUGGAAUACUAUUCUGACAUGAAAUCCCCACAGGGCUAUAGAUCUGGACGAAAUGGUAAGACGACGUUGUUUAGAUUCUAAACGUGCGUCCAAUAGAGUUGCACACUUGAGAAUUUCACACACAAAAACAUGUUCUUUAACGCCUAUACAGGGUAAGCAUCGAGGUUCAACUCGCCUCUUGAUAUAAGCAUUUCACUUGAACAAUAUCGAAUGGCUUGUGAAACCCAUUAUACAUGGGGUCAUAUGUGGAUAAAGAUGCAUAUAUCAAAGGUCAAGUAGGGACUACUUUCAGUGUUUACAAACAUGGCGUCGUCCGUGUCAAUCCGCGAUCGAGUCAGAAUUAACCAUCGGGAAUCUGGAGAAACUACUGGGAUAUUGUUAUCAUUGUCAAUAGAAUAGUCUGAUAUACUGAAAAUCAGUGUCUUACUGUGGUGUAGCUAAGGUAUUUUACAAGUUUUAGCAAAUUUGGAGAUAUAAAUUGAAAAACAAUUUAGCCAGGACUCUUGCCUAGCGGGAUCAGUUUCCAUAUCUGUGCUUGUAGACCUUGCGGCUAGGAACCUUUUCCCCAAACUAAAACUGUUAGAUUUUAUAUGUCCGAAUUGUUACCUUGGUUCUAUAUGUCCGAAUUGUAACCUUGUUUCCUUUUGUCGCUGUGUGUACAUCUGACUGCAUUUCGUGAUGUUAUGACAGGAAAGGCAGACGUGACGUCUCAUAGACUUGGGUUAGAGUAGAUUCCCUUUGAUAAAGGGCCCUUACUCUAUUGGCCAGACCGAUGGAUUGCCGCGAUAGGCAAGCAGAAACAAUUUGUGUAGGCAACUGUUGUUUGCGUCUAUGUAGUUACGCUGUUGAUUGUUGUCACUGUCCGACUGACACACAACUUACCUUCUGACGUUAAAUAUAUAUAUCCGCACAUUCCAGGAAAACUUUCAAUGUUAAGGUAAUGUUUGUGAGAAAUGGGAAGAGAUUUUUCGAGCACAGAAUUGAAGAAUGAUAUUAUAUGAUCAAAAGGUUAUCACGCUUGUGUGUUUGGGGAUGGUAAAUACCCUGUGUCAGGAAAAACA